CGGAGCUUGCUCCCAAAAUGGUGCAGCUGCUGAGGGAGUGGGCGAGCAGCUUCCCUCACGACUUCCGGGAUGAGAGGCUAAUAGGCAGCCUGAAGGACCUCACCCAGCACCUGGCCACCGUAGACCAGGUCUACAGGAAGGCGUUGGGCCAGAUCCUCCAGGAUGUGAUGCAGAGCCUGGCGGUGCAGAGCCGGUACCAGGAGGUCCUGCUGAGGGUCAGGAGUGCGACAGCUGAAUGCCGGAGGGUGAUGGAGACCAAGUCCCGGGCCCAGAGGGACCUGCUGUCCGUCUGCAACGACCCCUUCACUCUGGCUCAGCAGCUCACGCACAUUGAGCUGGAGAGACUGAGUUACAUCGGCCCAGAGGAAUUCAUUCAGGCGUUGGAUCAGAAACCACAGCUGGACAGCAACCAGCCAAGCAACCUUGGAGCGUACGUGGAUUGGUUCAACAGACUCAGCUACCUGGUGGCUACAGAUAUCUGCACGGCUGUGAAGAGGAAGACCAGAGCCAGGGUGACAGAGUUUUUCAUUGAUGUGGCGAGAGAAUGCCUCAACAUCGGGAACUUUAAUUCCCUCAUGGCCAUCCUCUCUGGGAUGACCAUGGGUUCUGUGUCUCGGUUGAAAAAGACCUGGGGGAAAGUGAAGACCGCCUCUUUUGAUAUCCUUGAACACCAGAUGGAUCCUUCCAGUAACUUCUCUAACUACAGAAGAUCCCUGCAAGGCGCUCUGCAGAGGUCCCUGAGCGCCACCAGCCCCAGAGAGAAGGUUGUCAUUCCAUUCUUCAGCUUGUUGAUUAAGGACCUAUACUUCCUCAACCAGAGUUCUCCCAGUCGCCUGGCCAACGGACAUGUCAACUUCACGAAGCUACAGGAAGUGUCGCGGCAGCUCCGGGAGGUGAUGCGGUGGCAGGAGGUGGAGAGUCCAUUCCAGAUGAACUGCCGGAUCCAGACGUUCCUGCUCACCACACCUGUCCUUAACGAGGACGCACUGUAUCUUGCCUCCUAUGAGAGUGAACGACCAGAGAACAACACAGAGAAGCACCGAUGGCAAACCCUCAGGUCCUCUUUACUGAACAGGCUCUGAACUCCCAGUGCCAACACCAAACCCACUCCCCUCUCCAGGAGCCCCCCUUAUCUGGGCCCUUUUCUGAAGACCCCAGCCAGUGGUGUCCUGGCCAUCAGGCAUAGCCUACUGGGACCAAACCCAGCCGCCGCAUCGGUCGGCCGGGGGACUGUCUCUCUGAGUCAUUCGGGCUGCACAUGAGAGUGUGCUAAGUUAGUUAAUGUGCAUUCACAUUCUAGACAAAUGCAAUGUAGUGCAUCAGAGGGAUGGCCAACAAAAGCCAUCAACAAGAAAAUGUCAUAGGGACAGAUUUUGAAAUUAUUCAAAAAAAUGAAGCAGGCUUUACUGGCACAGUACCCUUCUAAGGAGUGGUGGAUAAUCAAGGCUGAAUCCUGUUCCCAGCACACCACUAACCACAACAAUAGCCAACGCUGCAGUUAAGUCUAUUUGUCCUGCUGAGUGUAGAGGUUAGCUGCUACCUGAAUUUAGCCCCGUCUUUCCUAAAGUAAAAUCAAAUGUUUCUAAAAUAUAAAUUUUUAGAACCAAAGUAGUGUGCUGUAAUCUAUUAUUUUUACUAUGUAAAAUGAUGCUUAUUAUUUAUUAUUGCAGUCUGGUUGUCACUGUUUGCAGUGAAUUACUGUUGUUUCAUCGUAUUUAAUUUGUGCUCAGUAGGCUACAUUACAUCAAAUAAAAUAAUUAUUUUAAAUAUCGAAAUUGUUUGUAGGCUAGCCUACAACAAACACUUGGCUAGCCUCCUAGCUUAAUCCGGGAACACAGCUAACUAGGUCAUACACAAAUCUUGUGAUUUGUUUUAUUUUCCAAUAGGUUUUAUACAUUUUGUUACUACUUUUACCAGAAUAGAACAUUCUUUUUUAACGUUUUUAUUGU